AUGAGCUGCUUUUCUGCGAGGGAUGUGCGUAAGACUUCUGGAGGAUAUGCAGAUAAUGAUGGGGUAGAAUCAUCUAAGGUAGCUUUCAAGAAAUGUCCUUUAGGGGACUCUCGUGCAACAUCUUCAGGAUGCUUCACGAGGACGUCCCAGGAAAACCCACAAAAAAGAGAUCUCUGGGACGCCCGAAUGCAAUUCGCAGUGGGGAAACGGGACGCCGGGAUGCCAGGGGGACUCCCCGGAAUCACCCAAUGCUACUGGGCUUUAGUUCCACUUCGGGAGUCUUCUCUCCAUCAUCUCUCCAUCGUCUCUAUCAUUCCUACGCUUGUCUACUGCUUGCACACUGAAUGCGAUGAGCAGCGACAGGCUAUCCCAUGGCCUCUUCGGCGAUCUCCACUUCAAUUGUUAUUUAUUUGGGCCACGGUGCACUAUGUAUACGCGGGGGAAAAGAGCCGACAGGCCGGUUGUGAUCCCGACUGGCUUCCAUUCGGAGAUCACUGUUAUUAUUUCUCAAAGGGACCUGCGAAUCAGACUGAAGCCCGAACCUUUUGCCUGGAUCAAGGCGGAGACCUGGUGAGCAUUCACAGUCCGGAGGAGCAGAAAUUCGUGGAGGAAAACGUGGUUAAACGGAACUCUUUGAUAGGGGCAUACCCGACUGGAUCCCUCUUUGAGGAUCCGUGGAACUUCGCUUUUUUCGACGGGACUCCGUCCGACUAUCAACAGGUUGCGGAUUAUGGACCGAGUCAUCGUCGAAUCCCGGCAACGGGAUCAUCCUCAUCCCUGUGUUGUGGAAGAACGUGGACUGUUCCAGGCCCGGAACCCAUGACGUACGAGGAUGCAGUGCAGCACUGUCCCACUGUGCCAGGGGGUUGCGAAGGGGCUUAUGGAACAUUUUUGAGUCCCAAUCACUAUGUCAGGGACGCCUUCAUCAAUUACAUGAGGCUCGAUUCUCAGAACCCGGAUGACGUCAACGGAGAUCAUCCCGGAAGGUAUUGGAUGGGGCUGAGAAGGAACCCGGAAUCGGGGCAAUGGGAGACACCAUCCGGAUCGCCCUUCAACGCGACGACCGGAUGGCACUGGGAUGGAUAUCCGACCGAGGACGGAGGGGAUUGCGCCUCGCUCUUCGUCUCCUCCUGGGUUCCCACGUUUGUGCAGACUUUGUACGGGUUCGUCUGCAAGAGGGCGUCACUUACUUGAAUUCAUCAAGGUCGGUUCCUUGAUGCUGUCCAAAUGAGCUUGGGAAAUAAAUGUUAUAAAAAUUGAUUGAAAUAAAAGGAUUUGUAUCGUGGUGAA